UGAUUCUUGUGGCGGUGGGCGGUCAUGGACGUUCUAUGUCCAUAUCCAUAUGCAUCAAAGUGGAUCCGAUCCAAACCCAAUUGUGAACCACCCGUUUCGUUUCUUUCCCUCCACAUCCCGUUCCGCUUCUUUACACAGUGCGUCUCCUUCGGCCGACGCUUUAGAACCUGUGACUCCGUUAGUCCCAAGUCCAUGGAGGUCAGCGGGUCUGACUCCGAUGGUCGGACGUUCAGUAACGCAGAGGAGAUGUGGAGAGAACACGCCGGGGACGAUAAUAGGAAGACCCAAUGGUACAGUGACGGCGUCGCGUAUUGGGAAGGCGUGGAGGCGUCGGUGGAAGGAGUGUUGGGUGGGUUUGGGCAGGUGAACGACGCCGAUAUCAACGGUAGUGAAGCAUUCCUUAACACCCUCUUAGCUGAGAGAUUCGUCGAUGGUGGCAAAAGCCGUCAUCUUGUUGCCCUUGAUUGCGGUUCGGGCAUUGGGAGAAUCACGAAGAAUCUUCUCCUACGUUAUUUUAAUGAGGUUGAUCUUCUUGAGCCUGUGGCACAUUUCCUGGAUGCUGCCCGAGAAAGUUUGGCCCCUGAAAAUCACACAGCCCCUGACAUGCACAAAGCCACUAAUUUUUUCUGUGUCCCACUUCAGGAGUUCACUCCCGAUGCAGGAAGAUAUGAUGUUAUAUGGGUCCAAUGGUGUAUUGGGCACCUCACUGAUAAUGACUUUGUGUCAUUUUUUAAGAGAGCAAAGAUUGGCCUCAAACCAGGUGGAUUUUUUGUCCUGAAGGAAAAUAUUGCAAGAAACGGAUUUGUAUUGGACAAAGAAGAUCGCAGUGUCACCAGGUCGGACUUAUAUUUCAAGGAGCUUUUUACUCGCUGUGGGUUGCAUCUCUACAAAUCCAGGGAUCAAAGGGGACUUCCCGAGGAACUCUUUGCUGUGAGAAUGUAUGCUUUAACAACUGACACUGCAAAGAAAGCAAGCAAGACUAGAUCAAAAUCCCAAGCCAACAGGCCUGGCAUAAUCAAAUGAGGAAUCACCUCCAUAACGUCUGAAGUCGCAGCAAGAAGAGUUGCACGUCUUUAGUGUUAGAAACAUUCAUGUAGCUUGAAUGUAUAAGGCUGGGAGGAUACCCUCCCCUAUUCAUUCAUAACUUUGCUAUUUGUACACUCAAUGUAGCCUUUAGUAAUGGUUGAAUCUCAUCAAGAUUCACCUACAGGGGUGGCAUAAGCAAACGCUCGACUUUUGUACUCUAAAAAAUCUUUAUUUUUUCUGUCCUUCCAAAUGCUGAUGUAUUGACUGGGGCUAGAAAAUGUGAAAUUGAAUGUGGAUAUCAUGUCCGAGGGAUUGUUUAUUGA